AUGAGGAAGUUACCACUACUCCUGAUCAGUGACACUCUUUCCCGAGCAUCACAACGACGUAAUCUUAUCGCAUCUCAACAACGCCUACAACGCUGUCGUGAUAUAAGUAGUCUGCGUCGGCGCCAACACCAACAACAGACAGGACAGCGGCUCCCAUCUGAUCUCAGACGACCUGAAAACGGGAUGAAGGACUGGACCCACUGGCAUGAAUCCCGUAUUAUGAAUGAAUCAGACUGCGUGACAGCGCCGCUACUGAAUCAGAGCCGUCGACUCUCCUGCUCCUCGCGUUCAGAUUCCUUCUCGUCCACAUCCAACCAGCCACUGCUCUCUCCCCAUUCUUCUCAUGCUUCACAAUCAACCGUCGGUUCCUCUGCUUUUUCCCUCGGACGAGCACCCCCAUUGUUGAGACAGGUUGAGCGACAUUCCGCGAUACCGCGCUCUCUUUCUGAGCGGGCUUCCUUAGCCAAUCGAUCUCCCGAAAAUUUUGCAUUUGGCCCAAAUGAAGACGUUGAAUAUGGAGAAGAAGUGGUAGGCGAAGUUUGGGGAGACGCUUUCGCAUCACUUGAGUCCACUACAUUGGUAUGUGAGUCUCAUCGUCAGGACAUUGAAACAAAAUCAAGUAAGACAAAGAUAGAACGUAAUAUUACAAAAGCUUCCUCUUAA